CAACAAAAAGAUCUUAUAAGAUCUGAAGAAUAUGAAGUUUUGAAAUUCUGCAAUAAUAUAUAUAAGAUUAAACAAUUAGAUGAUAAGUUUGCUACUAACAUUUUCAAAAAGUUGCCAGAAUAUCACCAUGAUGCUUUAUUGAAUAUUAUGCAAAGUGCUUCAGAAUAUAUUCUUGAAGAUGGCAAAAUAUCAAAGCUACAAAAAGAUUUAAAUAUUUUACAGCAUAAUAAUUUGAAUACUACUAACAUUAAUGAUAUUACAAACUAUAAAGAAAUUAAAAUGCCUAUAGUCAAGCAUAGUUGUGGUCAUUCUCCUAACAACAA